GUUUCCGUAGCGCGAUCGGGCUCAGUUUGGAUUUUGAGGAAGUGCUCGACCAGCGGGCAAAUCACAAAGCAUCAGCGAAGAUCCGACGGUUAUUUUAAACAGAACAGCGUACGGCGUUCGCACUGAAAAUACACUAUGGCAUAUCAACUCUACAGAAACACGACAUUAGGGAACAGUCUACAGGAGAGUCUUGAUGAACUUAUUCAGUCUCAACAGAUCACACCACAGUUAGCCCUCCAAGUCCUGUUACAGUUUGAUAAAGCUAUCAACACAGCGCUGGCCAACCGGGUCCGCAACAGGGUCAAUUUUAGGGGAUCUCUGAACACAUACAGAUUCUGCGAUAACGUCUGGACGUUUGUUUUAAAUGACGUUGAGUUCCGGGAGGUGACGGAUCUAGUCAAGGUGGACAAAGUAAAAAUUGUAGCCUGUGAUGGCAAAAACACUGGGCCUAAUGCAGCUGAGUGAAACCAAGGUGAAGAGAAGUGAACUGAAUUUGCUGGCUGAUGGGAAGGAUGAAAAGAAUUGAAGAGGAGGCACACAGCGGUGGGGACUGUGUAUAUAUUAUUUAUUGCAAGAAACCAUUCUCCAGCCUUCAUACAUCAACCUGCUCAGUGGAGGACUGACAAACGUAUGGAGCACACAAAGCCUUGGAUAUCACAUUAAACUUUUCUUUUUAUAAAUAAAUGUAUAUAAUUUUCAUAGAAAUGCCAAUGCUUUUCAGUUUGUUGCUGUUUAGCUUAUUCUCUAAUAAACUUGUUUUAAAUGGUU